AUGAGACCAUCAAUAACAAUUGUCACAGGAGCUAGUUAUAAUCAUUUUUGUCCAUUACAUAAUUGGAUUUAUUAUAUGAAAUCCAUUACUUCCGAUUUUGUCGUUAAACCUCGAAUAAUAAUUUAUGAUAUUGGUUUACGUAAAUAUCAAUAUAAUGCAUUAACAGCAUAUCAAUUAAAUGUAUCUCAAGAUUAUCCUGGUGAAUUAAUAUUAUGGGUUGAUAGUGGAACAUUAAUAUCAAGUGAAUUUUUAGAAAAUGUUCCAUAUUGGAGUGAUAGAUUUGAUGGAUUUGUAUCCCCCAAAACUUCAGGUGAUGUAGGUUUAUGGACACAUCCCGGAGUAUUUGAAUAUUUUAAAGAUUCUCGAAAUAAAUAUGUUCAUGAAAGCAAUUGUAAUGGUGCAGUAUUAUUAUUUGAUACUGACAAAACUCAACAUUUAAUUGAUGCGUGGUAUCAAUGUGCAUUGAUAAAAGCUUGUAUAGCACCUAAAGGAAGUGAUAGAACUAAUCAUAGACAAGAUCAAUCCAUAAUAACAUAUUUAGCACUUAGAGAUAAUAGAAAAUGUAAUAGAGGGAAAUCAUUCUUUAAAAUUACUACACACCAAGAGAAUGGAUGUCUCGAAAAUGUAUUAGAAUAUGAAAAAAUUAAUGGAAAUGUAUGGACUCCUUCUCUAGAUGAUUUAAAAGAAAUUAAGAAAUUCAAAUCUAAAAACAAGGUUUUUGAUAUUUGGACAAAAUAA